UACAGAGAGAGAGAGACACCACCACCAUCGAGUCAUCACCGAGUUCAGACAAUGUUCUCUACCUCCGGUAUCCCGUCGGCGGCGUCGACACUUUUCUCAGCCUACGCCUCUUUCGCCGGCACCAUGAUGCUGGUCCGAUCCAUGGCCAACGAUCUCGUUCCCAGCCCGGUCCGAUCGUACCUCAACUCGGCUCUCCGAUACCUCUUCACACCGCUCUCGACUCAGCUCACCAUUGUCGUCGACGAGCACUGCGGAAUCACCCGCAACCAAGUCUACGACGCCGCGGAGGUCUACCUCCGCACCAAAAUCAACCCCAACACCGAGCGAUUGAAAGUCGGCAAGACUUCGAGGCAAAAAAACCUCAACAUCAGCAUCGAGAAAGGCGAAGAAAUCAUCGACAAGUUCGAGAACAUCCAAUUCAGCUGGAGAUUCGUCUCGAUCGAGCCCCAAAACGGCCACGCCGUCGGAGAGAAGAGGUUAUUCGAGCUAAGCUUCAACAAAAAGUUCAAGGACAGAGCUCUGAACGAGUAUUUGCCUUUUGUUUUGGCUAAAUACAAGGAAAUCAAGGAUAAUGACAAGGUCGUGAAGCUUUACACUAGAGAUUGUCCGUACAGCGACGACGACGAUGGCGAUGGAGGAGGAGGAGGGGUUUGGGGAUCGAUCAAUCUAGAACAUCCGGCUACGUUCGAGACGCUGGCGAUGGAUCCAGAGAUGAAAAAAGCGAUAAUUGAUGACUUGGAGAGGUUUGUGAGGAGGAAGGAGUUCUACAAGAAGGUAGGGAAGGCUUGGAAGAGAGGUUACUUGUUAUAUGGUCCGCCUGGUACUGGUAAAUCGAGCUUGAUCGCUGCCAUGGCGAAUUAUCUUAGAUUUGAUAUCUAUGAUUUGGAGCUUACGAGUUUGUACUCGAAUUCAGAGCUGAGGAGGAUAUUGGUUUCAACGACGAAUCGAUCGAUAAUUGUGAUUGAAGAUAUAGAUUGCAGUGUGGAGAUGCAAGAUCGGCUGAUGGCGGUUGAGCCUGGACUUCCCAACACCAAGUUGACACUCUCAGGCUUGUUAAAUUUCAUAGAUGGCCUAUGGUCAAGCUGUGGAGAUGAGCGGAUCAUCAUUUUCACCACCAACCACAAAGACCGAAUCGACCCUGCCCUUCUCCGCCCUGGUCGCAUGGACAUGCACAUUCACAUGUCCUACUGUACAAAUCAAGGAUUCAAGCGCCUGGCUUCCAAUUACCUCGGUGUCCAUGAUCACCACCGGCUCCUCCCUGAGAUAGAAGGCCUAAUAGAAAAUGCAAAGGUCACCCCUGCCGAAGUUGCAGAGGAACUCAUGAAGAGCGAAAAUGCUGAUAUUGCUCUUGGAGGAGUUGUGAAUUUUCUCAAGCGCAAGAAGAUGGAAGCGGAUGAAAUCAAGGAAGAGAAAACCAGGGGAGUUGAAGUGCAGGAAGAGAAAAGAUUGAAAGUAGAAGAGAUAAGAAGGAAGUCUGUGAGAAACAUUGGAAGGAGGGUAGUUAGAGGAGGAAAAUGUAGGCGUUGGUGAAGUGAAAUUUCUCACUAACUUGUAUUUGUAUCAAUAUAAAAGCUAUUUAUCAUACUACUAUGACCUUCCCAUUGAAGAAACCCUCUUUAUUUGAGAAUGUAUGUUUGGUCCUUGUUUGUGCAAGAUCGACAGAUACGGACCAAUGUUUGUAUAAGAAAAUAUUUUGUAGCAAA